AUGGACACAGCUUUGACUGCAUCCACCGAUUCUUUAUUGCUGUUACAUUAUUUCUUUUGGUAUUUUAGGCACCAGUGUUUCUCAGGAGCCGAGCAGCAGGAAUACCAUCCUGCCAGCUUUACACCAUGGUUGUCCCACAUUCAACAAGAUGAACACCUGCCCCCAAGUGGCUCUGUGGGCAGAGGCACCCGCCAACAGUACGGUUCCAACCCAUCCCCGUCUCAACACUCUGGAAGUCCACAACAUUUUUGCUCUAAUGGGAAUAGUUCACCAGUCAACACCAGUCUCCACCAUGAGCCACAGGACUACACCGAGACAGACUAUCUGCUCCAUCAGCUCUACGGUGGGUCAAGGACUCAGUGGAUCCCGAGAGCAAAGGAUGCAGGUGACUGUGCACCCGCUGAGUCAAUCUGCUCCAUGGUGCUUCAGAUCCUGGUGACAUUUCUGCUGGCCGGGCUCGGGACCCCGUCUCUGCUGGAUGCUGCUUGAAGUGGUUCAAACUGGGACGUGUUCCAGGAAAUCACAGAGCUCUUCAUCCUGGUCCCUGCAGUGUUAGGAAUGAAGGGAACCUGGAAAAUGACUCUGGCAUCUAGACUCUCGACUGCUGUGAAUGCAGGAAAAAUGGAACCUGCCAGAGAAAAGUGGAUGUUGAUCAUUGGGAACCUGGCGCUCAAGCAGCUACAAGCCACAGUGCUCGGCCUGUUAGCCUCGUUAAUGGCGACUGUGUUGGGCUGGAUGGCAGAAGGAGAGAUGCCCUUACAUCAUGUAAUGCUCCUGUGUUCAACCAGUGUUUCUACCGCCUUCGUGGCUUCAUUGUUGCAAGGUAUCAUUAUGGUGGGAGUGAUCAUUGGCUCCAAGCGGAUAGGAAUCAACCCUGACAACGUAGCCACGCCCAUAGCUGCCAGCUUUGGGGAUCUCAUCUCUCUGGCCUUGCUGGCCUGCUUCAGUCAGUGGUUCUACUCCCUCAUAGACUUGUAUCCCUAUGUGUUGUAUCUGGUGGAUCUGUUAUUUUUAUGCCUGAUUCCUCUGUGGGUGGUCAUCUCCUCCAAACAUCCAGCCAGUCACAUUCUGCUCCGCACAGGCUGGGAACCGAUCAUUACAGCGAUGGUCAUCAGCAGUUUUGGAGGACUUAUUCUGGACAAAACUGUGUCAGAUCCAAAUCUGGCAGGAAUCAUAGUUUAUGCUCCAGUCAUAAAUGGUAUUGGAGGAAACCUCAUUUCCAUACAGUCCAGUCGUAUUUCUACUAAUCUGCAUUUGAAUUACUCACCUGGAGUGGUUCCUGAAGAGCGUAAGGGCUGCUACAGCCCUUGUCGCACGUUCUUUGGUUCAGGAGCAAACCAUCGAUCUGCUCAGGUUCUGCUUCUCUUGGUGAUCCCUGGUCAGCUCGUCUUCUUACACACUAUCCACCUGAUGAAAGGAGGCCAGACUCUGCCCAGUCCUCUCCUGACUGUUGCCUUCUUGUCUGCUUCCCUGAUUCAGGUCUUUUCCCUGCUGUGUGUAGCCGACUGCAUGGUCCACUGUCUAUGGCGGAGGGGUAAAGACCCCGACAGCUAUGCAAUACCUUACCUCACAGCCCUCGGAGACCUACUAGGGACUGCUCUCCUCGCUCUUGCCUUCGUCAUGCUGUGGUGCGUCGGUGACUCAGGCAGUGUUUAGGUUCAAAGCAAGAAAAAGUUUGGGGAAGAGCAAAUGCAACAAAACAUCACUUAGUAGAAGUAAAGUCAAUAUAGUUGUAACAAAUACAAAGGAGCUGUUGAUGUAUUAUUAUUAUUAUUAUUGAAGCUUGAUCAAGGAGCAAUUGUCGGGUCUCCACCAGUGAUGUGUUCUCUGGGUGAAGGCCUCACAACUCUGCCCUCUCGCCCUGGUGCUCAGUGUUUUAUCCUCAUCAUGUUUUGACUUACUGAUCUCUUUGACCCUGGUUGCCCCGGAGACUGGCUCCACGGCCCCUACUGCAGACACAGCUGUACAGAUAACGGUGGCACCCUUAGACAGGAAUCCAACCCAGUGAUGUCAACACGAGGGACACUCUGAGAGACACUCUGACCUCCCAACCAAGGCGAGAGGAAUAGAUAGAAAAUUCCAUCACAACCCCUCCUUUUUGAUUGACAGAUCAACACUAAUUACCCCUCAGUGUGACCUAUUCAUUUAGCAACAAAGCACCAGAGCAUCGCCAGGGUUGAUCCACUUCACGCAGUAAUGACUAAUUCAAACAGUCAAAAGUCACAUAUCGUGAUGUUUACACUGUAUGUCAGAUGGAACAGUGGAAUAACAUAAAAAACACAUGAUGAAAACCCUUUCAUAAUCACCUUCCAUGUAGGCAUUUGUUAAGUAUUACGUUAGUUGCAUAUAAUGAUGAUAAUAAACCAUGAAUGAUACAUGAUUAUUAAAAGGCUCAUCCUUAACCUCUAGCAAUGACCUACGAGUUCCGUCUUCAAGCCAAUUAAGGCCUAACAAAGAAAAUGACCUGUAGACCUCCCUAACCCUAUAAAGGGUUAGAGAGCUCUUUGACAGAGGUCGCAGGUCACAUGCACCUACUGACAA